AUCGAUCUGAAUCGAUCGGAUCCCACAGCCUAGCCUGCUGCAGGCCUCCCUCCGAUUUUGCUUUGCUUUGCUAAUUAAACGACUCAUCCCUCAUCAUCUUCCUCUCUUUCUCUCCAAAGCUAGCUAUAGCCUACACACCUACAGCAAGCAAGCAAGCAGCAAGCAAUGGGGCGGUCACCGUGCUGCGACCAGGACGCCGGCGUGAAGAAGGGGCCCUGGACGCCCGAGGAGGACAAGCUGCUGGUGGACUACAUCAAGGACAGCAAGGGCCACGGCAGCUGGCGCCGCCUCCCCAAGCUCGCCGGGCUCAACCGCUGCGGCAAGAGCUGCCGCCUCCGCUGGACCAACUACCUCCGCCCGGACAUCAAGCGCGGCCGCUUCACCGACGAGGAGGAGAAGCUCAUCAUCCACCUCCACUCAAUCCUCGGCAACAAGUGGUCUUCCAUCGCCACCAAGCUCCCCGGCCGGACGGACAACGAGAUAAAGAACUACUGGAACACGCACCUCCGCAAGAAGCUCCUGAGCAUGGGCAUCGACCCCGUCACGCACCGCCCGCGCACCGACCUCAGCCUCCUCGCCGGCAUCCCCAACCUGCUCACUGCCGCCGCCGCCGCGCAGCAGCCACCCAACACCUGCUGGGACAUCAACGCCCUCCGCCUCCAGGCCGACGCCGCCAAGUACCAGCUCCUCCAGGGCCUCCUCCGCGCGCUUUCCGCCCCUCCCGCCGUCGACCUCAUGGCCCUCCUUGCCGCCACCAAUAAUAAUGGAGGCGGGCUCGUCACCCAGCCCCAGCCCGCCGCCGGCGUUGACCACCAGCAGUACGACGGCCUGCUCAACCUGCCGGCCUUGACCAGCGUGCCGCCCGCGACGACGCUACCAGCAGCGAUGUCCUCCUCCUUCUCCGGGCUGCUCAGCAGCAGCUUCGGCGGCGCCGGGAGCGCUCUCGCCGGGGACGGCCUCAGCUCCACGGACCUCGGCCACAGCGGGAGCAGCAAUAUGACGGCAGCGAUGGCGCCGCCGCCGCCUUUGGUAGUGGCGGCCAAGGAAUGCAAUAAUGGCGGCGGCACAUCGACGCCUUGCGACGACACGCCGGCGUCGAGCCCGUUCGAGGGGCUGGAGAACAUCAACCUCGAUGACGAAUUCAACAGCGACAGUUGGAAGGACUUGCUAGAGCAAAUGUCAUGGUUGAACAACCCGAAUGAUCAGCAGCAGCUGAUGUGAGAAUAAUGAACAGAUGACAUAUAUCUUUCAUAUAUAGCAGAUGAAGUUGUUAAAAAGAUGCAUGGAUGCAUGGAGAGACGACAGUUCCUUUGAUUGGUUUCACACUUCGUCGGAGAUGUGAAUGAAGUUUGUUUGUUGAUAGGAAAAAAAGGUGGUUUGACUAUAUAUACCCACAGCUAGCGAUAUGUACAGAGAAAGAACGACAGAAAGACAUGCUGCACGUAUACUCACUUUCAAUGUUUUCAAUUUGUUUUUUUUUAGUUUUUUCCCCUCGUUUUGCCUUUGGCAAGGAGGAUGUGUGUAAUGAUUAGCUUGUGACGACAUAAACUAAACGAAGUUUCAUUUUCCA